AUGGAUGAUGGGUUGGAGCAUAGUUGGUGGGCCAACAUGCCUCACGAGCUUCUCAGAGAGGUCCUCUUCCGAAUUGAGUCGUCGGAGGCCAAGUGGCCGUCGCGGAGGAGCGUGGUGGCCUGUGCUGGAGUGUGCCGCGCCUGGAGGUUCAUCGUCAAGGAGAUUGUCAAGCCACCUCAACUCUCUUCCAACAUGACCUUCCCCACCUCUCUCAAACAGCCUGGUCCAAGGGAACAUCUACUUCAGUGCUUCAUUAGGCGCAACAGUGGCACACAGACAUAUUAUCUGUUUCUCAGUUUAUCUAGUGCACUAGCUGAUGAUGGGAAGUUCCUUCUAGCCGCACGCAAGUUCAGACGCCCAACCUGCACAGAUUAUGUUAUCUCCCUGGAUGCAGAUGAUAUGUCCAGGGAAAGCAAUGCCUACGUAGGGAAAUUGAGAUCAAAUUUUUUGGGAACCAAGUUCACAAUCUACGAUAGCCAACUGCCUCAUGCAGGAGCAAAGUUGACAAAAAGUUGCUCCUCUAAGCUGGCGAAUCCAAAACAAGUUUCACCUAAGGUCCCAACAGGAAACUAUCCAGUUGCCCACAUCUCAUAUGAAUUGAAUGUAUUAGGUUCCAGGGGGCCAAGGAGAAUGCAUUGUGUCAUAGACAACAUUCUUACUUCUGCUAUUGAACCAGAAGGGGUUGCUCCUUCACAGACCAGUUAUUCUGUUAGUAACCUAGGUACUUCAUUCCCAUUUUUUCAGACAAACUCAACUCGUCUGGAAAACUCCAUAUCUGGAUACCAGAACAAUAAAAAAGAUGACGUUCUAGUGUUGAGAAAUAAGGCUGCCAGGUGGCAUGAGCAGCUGCAGUGUUGGUGCUUAAACUUUCAUGGGCGAGUGACAAUUGCUUCAGUUAAAAACUUUCAGCUGGCUGCUUUGCCAGUAAAUGGACAUGCUGAACCUCAAGAGGAUGAGAUCAUCCUUCAGUUUGGAAAAGUUGGGAAGGACUUGUUCACAAUGGAUUAUCGGUACCCCAUCUCAGCAUUUCAGGCAUUUGCAAUCUGCCUCAGCAGCUUUGCGACCACUGUUGCUUGCGAAUGA